AUGACUUACCUCAACAUCAGAAGAAGUCAGCCUUGGAGCCACUUCUUGGAUGUAAUAAUUAGAAAACGCAGGGUAAGGGAUCCCAACGAGUGUGGGAAGCCUGAGGAGAACUUAAGGGAGCUGCCAGCCCUCCCUCAGAAUCCGAGAGCUCGGAGAGGAAAGAAAACCUACGACUGCAACAAAUGCGAGAAGAUCUUCCACAAGAAAAUGCUGCUUUCCCAGCACCAGACCAUGCACACGGGGAAGAAGCCCUACGAGUGUAAUGAAUGCGACAAGUCCUUCUCUGUGAAGUCCAACCUCACGGAACAUCAGCGGACCCACACGGGAGAGAAACCGUAUGAAUGUAAUGAAUGCGGGAAGUCUUUCUGUCAGAAGUCAGCCCUCACGGUGCACCAGAGAACUCACACGGGGGAGAAACCGUACCGAUGUAAUGAGUGUGGGAAAACCUUCUGUGUGAAAUCAAACCUAACUCAGCAUCAAAGGACCCACACGGGAGAGAAGCCCUAUAAAUGUGACAAGUGCUGGAGAUCGUUCUGUGUGAAAUCUAACCUCGUGGUCCACCAGAGGACGCACACCGGGGAGAAACCCUACAAAUGUCCCGAAUGUGAGAAAACUUUCUAUGAAAAGUCAGCCCUCACCAAACAUCAGAGGAUUCACACCGGGGAGAAACCCUAUGAGUGUAAUGAAUGUCAAAAGACCUUCAGCCAGAGGUCGGCGCUCACCAAACAUCAGAGGAAAACACAUAAGAGGAAAACUCCCCCGAAGGCUCUCCAGGAGCAAAAGGCCACAUCCACCAGCCAGACCCAUGGAACUUCAGCUAAAUCUCAAGGGACGCAAGGGACAAAGCCUUCAUCCGUCAGCGACAGCUAACUGAAAUGGGACGAUUAGUCUA